UCGGCGCAGGUCUUGAGUUGUGGUAGUAUUUUUUCGCAAAUUGUGUAAAGAAGCCGAAGGAAUUUAAAGAAGUUUUUUUGUGGAAGAAUUUUGCUUAAAAAAAUUAAAUAAAAUCUCCAGAAAAGUGUGAAAAAAUAAAAUUAUUAUACAAAUAAAAUCAAAAUGAGUGGAAUGGAUAAAAGAAAAUUAUCGACAUCUGGAGAUUCACUGUACGAAAUAUUAGGACUUCCUAAAACAGCAACAGCUGAAGAUAUAAAAAAGACUUAUAGGAAACUUGCUUUAAAAUAUCAUCCAGAUAAAAAUCCAGACAAUGCUGAUGCUGCCGAUAAAUUUAAGGAAGUCAAUCGUGCACAUUCUAUACUAAGUGAUCAAACAAAACGUAAUAUUUAUGAUAAUUACGGUUCACUAGGUCUUUACAUUGCAGAACAGUUUGGUGAAGAAAAUGUCAAUGCUUACUUUGUGGUAACAUCACCAGCAGUUAAGGCUUUGGUUAUAUGUUGUACAAUAAUUACCGGCUGUUGUUGCUGUUGCUGCUGUUGUUGUUGCUGCAACUUCUGUUGUGGCAAAUUUAAGCCACCAGCAAAUGAAUCACAUGAUCAGUAUUCACAUUUAAAUGUAAGUUCUUAGAAUUAUAAGUUAACAAAA